GGGAGAUAAAGGAGUAUAAGUCCAAAAUAACAAAACAUGCUAACACUUUUUCCGUGGACUGUACCAAAACAUUUACUCAUUAUUUUCAGUAGUGUAUAUGCUAUGGAUUCUAUGGCUCUAUUUAUGUGUUUCUAGGAUUCUUGGUCAGGGUACUCGGAUGGCUACUACGGGACGCGAGGUAUAUUUGCUAGGAAUAGCACAAAGCAAAAAUGUCGAAUCCAAAACGCUGUCAGUUUUUAAAUUGUAUUCAUGGAUAUCUCGGCUUACCUUCCGCCAGCUUGGAAUCAAAGCAUCGAGAUCACAUUGGACUCUAUCACCGUGAUGACGAACUCGUCGUUGUUGUCAAAGGAG